AUGCCAUCUUCGGUGACAAAGCACACCAUUCCGUCCUUCUACGCCUGCUACUUUCUUCGCUCGCUCGCAUCUCCUGGCAUCACAUACAUCGGCUCAACACCAGCUCCGCCUCGCCGCAAGCGUCAGCACAAUGGCGACCUCACGCAAGGUGCACACAAGACCGCUCGUGCCCGUCCAUGGGAGAUGGAUUGCAUCGUCUACGGCUUCCCGUCCAAGAUCGCCGCAUUGCAGUUCGAAUGGGCCUGGGGCAAGCCGAAUCUCUCUCGCCACCUCAAGUUCCUCCACACAGAGCACUCGUUCGAUGGUGCCAUCUCGGACACAUCGGCAUGGGCCGGGAAGCCUCUCUUUCCAUCGACCAGCAUGACACCGGGCCAAACUCGAUGGGGCAAGCCCAAGAGAAGGAUCGCUCGACCACCUUCCACGCCGAACGCAAGACUGUUGACGAUGCGCGCUCUGCUGCGAUCCGAGCCGUUCUGUGGUUGGGGCCUCAAGCUCGCCUUCUUCACCGAAUGGAGCUGGCUGGCGUAUCAGCGACUCGAAGCUGCGAAUGCCGCCUCUAUGGUUGAGCCUGCAUCUUCCACAUUGGAAUUGAACAGACACAGUCGAUCCGGCAAAGCCCUCCCUCCGCUCUAUCCGUUGGCAGUCUGCGACUUUGCUGGUGUCGAUGGAAAGCGUAUGCCGCUCGUGCACGUCUCAGCGCAACAUCGAACGGAUGCUGGCGUAGCUGAUCAACCCGUAAAGAAGCGGCAGUCUUCGAGCAAGAAGAAGGUAGACGUCGACGAGCCUCCACAGUGGCCCGAGACUCUCCCCCGGUCAGCGAAUCUCAAGGGCCUCGAUGCCUGCGUGCAGGAUUUUGACACUUUUCCAUCGCCACAAGCUGCUGCGACCAAUACCGACCUGACGCGAAAGGCAAAACGCGCGACGAAGGCGAACAAGGAAGCUGCAGCGGCGGGGGAGGACGAAGAGGGGGCGAGCGAGGCAGAGGACGGCGAUCUCAACGGCGGCGUUGCUGCUGCUGUUGAACCUGGAUCCGUUUCGACCAGGCCUCUUCAUAGGAUGAAGUUUGACGACCUCGAUCUGGAAGAGAGCGAGUGGAAGCGCUAUGAACACGUCAUCGCCACCCGACUGGGUUCCGCAUCGACAUCUGCGGCUCACGCCAUGAGCGAGUUCAUGCAGGACUGCGUGAAGCGAUAUGUCGCAGCACAGGACGCACGCACGAAGGAGACAGCGACAGCUGCACCGACGACGUCCUGCGCGCUUUGCAAUCACGCGGUCGAUCUCACCCGGCAACUAAACUUUGUUCUGUGUCCUAGUCCGCAUGCAAGCACGCUGCCAGCCGUGUCAAGCACAAUCCCAAACACGGUCAAAUCCGUAGACUCGCCAUGCAAUUCGAUCUUCCACCUCUCUUGCCUAGCAGACUCGUCCCUGCAGCAGCAGAGCGGUGGUGAGGAGAUCAACAGCAGCGUCAACACGGUGCUUCCAACACACGGCGUCUGUCCUUCUCAUACGAGUGCUCCUAAGCCGGUUGGCUCGUGGGCCGACGUUGUGCGAGCCAUGUAUCGCAGGCACGAGCGCUUCGAGCGUCUGCUUCAGUUCUUGGUGCGGUCGGGCAAGACGCUGGCAGAGCAUCUGAAUCCGCCGCCGCCGGUCGAGAUCGGCUCUCCGAACAAGGGCAAACGGAAGGGAAAGUCGGCAGCCGCUGCAGUUGAUGCGCAAGGAGAGGAGACGGAGACGGCAGCUCCUCAGAUUCCGUCAAAGCCAGCGCGUGCGAGAAAGCGCUCUCAGCCGACCGCAUUAGAAGCUGUGCCGACUAUGUCAGUAGAAACAAUGGCUGACGAGGUGGUGCCGAAGAAGGUGACCAAGAGGAAGGUCUCAAAGAAGGUCAAAGGAGUCAACUCCACGGAAAUCAUCGACCUCACCUGA